GAUGUUGAGCGGAUGCCAAUAAUAUCAUUGGGCAAUGGGCAUGCACGAUGCACGAUGACACAGGAUGACCCCACGCUAUAUCGCUUGGAGCUUAAAUUCUAAGUUUCCAGCAUAUGGGACUAGCGCCCUCUCAUGAUUUAGACUCGAACUCACCACUCGACGGACAACGUUCCAAAUGUCCAACCCACCUCAGCCGUCGGUCGUAACCUCGAAAUCUAAGGCUGUGCACAAUGGAAGUGGUCAACGUAUUUUGACAGUCAAUCUUUUCACACGUUCAGGCUCCCAAAGAGGACUUCCCGGGGGCAGAACAGUACCUACUACGGCAGCGCGUUCCAACACUGUCUAUGACGAACCCUGCACCUCGAGUCAACGGGACGCAGGGCAGUCCACGGGGAACAAAAAAGUCCCUGAGUGCAACACCCGGUCUAGGGAUGACAACUCACAGGCAUCCACCUCGGAACUUCCACCUCUUCCCGGAAUACAACUGGCACUAGCAGAAGAUCUGACAGGCCAGAUCUUCGGUGGAAUAAAGGAUUACGUUGCCGGUGGUGCAUUCGCAAACGUUUACAGAUGUGAAUGGAGAAAACCGUCGGGCCCUGUCAAGGUCGCAGUAAAAACCUUCAGGCAUCACAUGGAUAACGUCUCAGAGCAGGACUUGAGAAGGUUUCGACGAGAAACUGCCAUAUGGGCACACCUCGUCCACGACAAUAUCGUCACACUUUAUGGAACGACAGAGGGGCUCGGGUCAACUACAGCCCUUGUCUCCCAGUGGUUUCCGCACGGCACGCUGUCCCGUCUGAUCACAGAACAGGGUGCUACAUUAACCAUCAAGUCCAAAUUGAAGCUGCUUCACGACAUAGCAUCUGGGCUCUACUAUAUUCACUCUUUUCCCGUUGUUCACGGUGACAUUACGAGCUCUAAUGUUUUGGUGGAUUUCAAGGAAGGAGAAUACAAGGCUUACCUGACGGACUUCGGCUUGUCAAAUGUCCUCUGCGAACGUUUAAAAGAGUGCUCGAUUGAAGCAUCAACAGUUGUUCGGCCUGGCGCAAUCAGAUGGACUGCGCCCGAGUUGAUGGGGUCACCAGACGAUGUCAAACCAUCCACGCAGAACGACAUGUAUUCCUUUGGUCGUGUCAUGUUCCAUGUAAGUUUGUUGACUCUGAUUAUUCCUUGGCAUGACAUUGACGAGUACAAAGUCCUUCAAAAAAUACAAAAUGGAGAGGAUGUCCCGCGUCCUGAGGUAUCCGAGGCGACGUCUGACGUCACAGACACCCGUUGGAAUCAUAUCGGGCAGUGUUGGUCAAUUGAUCCAUCUGCUCGUCCAUGUGCCCUAACGGCUAUGAACUUCAUAACCGGGGAACUAGAGGCUUUGAAACAGGAUGAUGUCCUUGUUAGCGGGGUACAAGAAAACUAUCAAAAUACAUAUUUGGUCGCGGAGCUGGUAUGAACUGGCCACCUUGCGAUUGAAGUAAUUUGGCUUAGAUGUUUAUCAACCAGUCUAGGAUUUCUACUGGACCGUCGUCACCCAAUCCCGUUCCCUCUAGUCCUUUAACACAUCAUCUUUUCUCUACAGCCUUGUCG